AUUCGUCCGGAGCCGUUGGAAUACGCUGGGGAACACUUGAAGUUGGUUGUUAACAUAUUUGCCUCUAAAAAUAGCACCUCACUUUUGCUAUUAUCAGCCACAUUCUGAGGAGAAGACGAACUUCUAGGGAACAGGUCUCCGGUAUUUUGGCAGCCACUUAAAAGCUUGGUUUCACCAUGAAUCAAACUGCAGGAGCAACCAACACUUACCGCAGGUGCUCGAAGGGGGGUAAGGAGUUGGUGGGCAGCAACCCUCCCCAGAGGAACUGGAAGGGGAUAGCCAUCGCCCUGCUGGUCAUCCUGGUUAUCUGCUCCCUUAUCGUCACCUCCGUCAUCCUGCUCACCCCCGGUGAUGACGACAGCCUGGCUUCCAAGGGGAAGGUGACCGUGAAGGACAUCUUUGGCGAAGACUUCAGGGUGCACGACCCCUGCGCUAAAUGGCUGAGCAGUAACGAGCUGCUGUAUCGCACACGUGAAGGAGAUGUCGUCAGGCUCAAUGUGGAGACCAUGGAACAGACCAUUCUGGUGCCCAACAAAAUAUUUACUCUGUACCAGGCCAGCAAGUAUGAGCUGUCACCAGACCUGCAGUAUGUGUUGCUGGCCUACAAUGUCAUCCCGAUCUACCAGCACUCCUUCACCGCCUCCUACAUCAUACACAGCCUGGGGAUGCAGGAGACGUGGGAUCUGAACCCUCCAGAGGUGCGCAAUGCCAAGCUGCAGUACGCUGGCUGGGGGCCACAGGGACAACAACUGAUUUUCAUAUUUGAGAAUAACAUCUACUACCGGGCCACUGUGGACAAGCGAUCUAUCCGUCUGGUGUCCAGUGGCAAAGAAGGUGUCAUCUUCAACGGGCUCAGCGAUUGGCUCUACGAAGAGGAGAUCUUCCAGACCCACAUCGCCCACUGGUGGUCCCCCGACGGUGCCCGCUUGGCGUACGCCACCAUCAACGACACCCUGGUGCCCAAGAUGGAGCUGCCCACCUUCACCGGCUCCCUCUACCCCACGGGCAGAGAAUACCACUACCCCAAGGCUGGAGAGGAGAACCCUGUCAUCUCCCUGUAUGUGGUGAACCUCAACGGACCACUACACUACAUUGAGAUGCGUAGGCCAGAGGACCAGAGGAUCGGGGAGUACUACAUUACGAUGGUAAAGUGGGCCACCAGUACCAAGCUAGCCGUGAACUGGCUGAACCGAGCGCAGAACAUCUCAAUCCUAACGCUGUGCGAGGCCACCACAGGUGUCUGCACUAAGAAACACGAGGAUGAGAGUGUUGGCUGGCUCCACAGACAGAACGAGGCUCCAGUGUUCUCCAGGGACGGCAUGAAGCUGUUCUUCAUCAGGGCUCUGCCUCUAGGGGGCAGCGGACGCUUCUUCCACAUCUCCAUGUCCAUCUCACAGCCCAACACCAGUACAGACACCCUGCAGACCGUAACCUCAGGGAAGUGGGACGUGACGCGCGUACUGGCCUUCAGUGAGGACACCCAACAGAUAUACUUCCUGAGCACAGAGGAUGACCCCAAGAGAAGACAUCUCUACAGCGCGGACAUUGUGGGAACGUUCAACAGACGGUGCAUCUCCUGUGACUUCAACGACAGCUGUGGCUACGUCAGCGCCUCCUUCAGCCACAACACCAGCUACUUCCUCGUCCAUUGCCAUGGUCCUGGCGUUCCAUCCGUAAGAGUGUACAGCACCCUGGAUAAAAAGAAGGUGUACGACCUUGAGACGAACCAGGAACUGCAGAGCAAGCUGGAGGAUAUGCAGAUGCCCAAGGUGGAGUACAGAGAAGUGGAGCUGGAAGGCUACGCUCUUACGAUGCAGAUCGUCAAGCCCGCAGGCUUUGUAAACACGGGCCAUUACCCACUGCUCUUGUUUGUUGACGGGACGCCGGGUGGCCAGGUGGUGUCGGAGCAGUUCCAGGUGGACUGGACCACGGCGCUGGUCAGUAGUUUCGGGGCCAUAGUGAUGCGCUUUGACGGGCGGGGCAGCGGUUUCCAUGGCACCGACCUGCUGCACAAGGUCCAGCACCAACUGGGCAUGUACGAGGAGAAGGACCAGCUGCACGCACUCAGCAUAAUAUCGAAAGAGCCAUAUAUUGACAACACAAGGAUUGGCGUUUUUGGUGAGGUGUACGGGGGAUACAUCACUAGUCUACUCCUCAGUUCAGAGAUGUCGCCACUGAAGUGUGGAGCAGCACUAUCUCCCAUCACUGACUUCGAGUUAUACGCCUCUGCGUUCUCAGAGAGAUACCUGGGCUUACCCAAGCCAGACAGGAGAGCCUAUGAGAUGGCCAGUCUGACGGAGAGGCCCAGCUCCUACAGGCCGUCUCUGUUCAUCGAUAAAAAGUUCCUCAUCGUGCACCCCACAGCAGAUGAAAAGGUCCAUUUCCAGCACACAGCCAGAUUCAUCUCUCGGCUCAUAAACGAGAAGGCCAACUACAGUCUACAGAUCUACCCAGACGAAGGCCACUACAUCCACAACGAGGCCACCCGGGUACACGUCAGCCAGUCGCUGGUCAACUUCUUCGAGGAGUGCUUCCGGCUACCGGAGAAACUCUUUGAAGAGGAGGAGCUGGAGGAUGAGAGCGAGGAGGAGGGUUAGCCUGGCCUGCCCUGGCCUGCGGCUGCCGUCAAA